CGGGGACCGAGCCCGAAACCGGGGCUUGUGCCUUGACCGGGAAUCACGAGCGACCUCUCGGUGCACCCACCGAAUCGUUGUCUUUUUCGGGCAACGAUUGCCUUGAGCUGGAGAGUUCCAUGGCUGAGAGUGGGCCCCGGGCUCCGGACCUAGGCGCUCAGCUAGGAGUUUCCAGUUGUCUGGGAAAAUGCCAGAAGAGCUCACCAGAUGCUAGGAGGCGGCAGCCCUUUUCCGGAAAGUCCUUUUACUUGGAUCUGCCUGCUGGCAGGAAUCUCCAGUUUCUGACGGGGGCCAUCCAGCAGCUGGGGGGGGUAAUUGAGGGUUUUCUGAGCAAAGAAGUAAGUUACAUCGUGUCCAGCCGCAGGGAGGCGAAGGCAGAGAGCAGUGGGACAAGCCACAGAAGCUGCUCCAGCGAGGUUAGGAUGGAAACACCGUCCACAGCUGAUCCAAAAGGCAGCCAUACCAGGCCUUCACAGAAACCUGUAGACUUGGUACCUAUGAGCAGAGGGAAGGAGCUACUGCAGAAGGCCAUCAGAAACCAGGGGAGCAGCGGCGGAGGCGGCGGGAGCGGCGGCAGCCUCCUGACCAACGCCCGCUCCUGGGGAGUGAGGAUUCUGCAUGUGGACGAAAUGAUGAUGCACGUGCAGCAGCUCUCUCUAGAUGCUUUAUGUGUAAAGAAACAAGGGCCAAAGAAGCCAGAGGGAACAUGUCCAGCAGAGUCAAGAACACGGAAAGUGGCCAGACUAAAAGCACCAUUUCUCAAAAUUGAAGAUGAGAGCAGGAAGUUUCGUCCUUUCCACCAUCAGUUUAAAUCCUUUCCUGAAAUUUCUUUUCUGGGACCCAAAGACGCAAGUCCCUUUGAGGCCCCGACGACCCCGGGCAGCUCACACCGUACCAGAGAACCCAAGGACCGACAGCCAAGCCCAAGAUCAGCCACCCGCACGGUGCCCAGGAGGAAAAAAGGCUACUGCGAGUGCUGCCAGGAGGCCUUUGAGGAGCUCCAUGGGCAUCUCCGGAGUGCCCAGCACCAGAGCUUUGCCCUAGAAGCCCACCCAUAUGCAGAAGUCGAUCGAAUCAUCGCCCAGCUCAGCCACAGCUUCGCGGACAUCCCCUUCCAGGCCAGCCUCCCCAGGCAGCCAGGCUCCCCGGCUUUGGAUCGUGACCCUCUGUGUCCUGAGACUCUGCCUCCCAGCCAUCCCUCCUGUGACAGAUCAGCAUCUCCCAGGAUGAGGAAGGAAGAGGACCACCAGGCCCCAGGCAUCGCAGAACAGGAUGGGAUGGUGGGCUGCAGGAAGUCACCAACUGAACGUGUAGGGGCUGGUGAGAUUCCUGGACCAGUAGCAAGCUGCCAAGACCUGGGGAGGUUGGUUGAUGUCGUUGUGGACCCCCCAGAGACACUGCUGUCCAGAAGCCCUACUUGCCCCUGCCUCCUGACCAGCUCUGGUUUUGCGGACCUCUCCUCUGGCCCAGACCUGGCACUUGUUGGCCACAAGCGCAAGGUUCAGUUCCCCAGUGGCAAUUCUGAGAAGAGGCCAGGGGUCUCCUUUGUCCCAAGAGCACUCAGCCCCUGUAGCACCAGGACAACGGAUGGCAGGCAUGUCUUCUCCUUUCCCCUUCCAGGCCAUGAGUACAGGUCUCUGACCUCCCUCCUGCCUUUGUAUCACCCACAGACCAGCCUCUCCGUCCCAGACCCCUUCCCCUGGCAGCUUACAGACAGGCAAGCAGAGCUCUGGGCCACACAGCUCCCCUGGCCUGGUGGAGGAUAUUCCCCAGGAUCUGAGGAUUCUGAGUGUGCAGCCCCUGGCCCUGGCUCUCAAUAGACUGACCAGCUUCCCAGUUGCUCUGCAGCUCCUGGUCAGCUGUCAGCCCACCUGCACUCAGCUGCAGGCAUGUAACCCCAGGGGGACCUGCAGAGAGCCAGGCUACCUCUCUCCCCCACCCUCUGCCAGCCAGUGGGGGAGCCAGCCUCUCCCAGCCCCCUGCCUCCCUAUGUCCCAGCACCAGCAGCAAACUGCUCCUGUGAGUCCCCCAGGGCACGGAGCUCUUCAUAGGGCCAGACAGCUGACUCGAGGGCCAGGUACACAGAUACAAGUUAUACCUGUGCUGAGUGCUGCACACCCAGCCAGGGCAGACCAGAUACAUGGUGGAGCAGCACCCCAGGGCCUCUCCAAUAGAGCCAGAAGGAACCUGGGGCCUGGCCUUUGAAGUCCAAGUGAACAGCUGUGUUCAUGACCAAGCUCUGGGUGGACAGAUCCAGUCCUCCCGCCCACCUAGUGUCCAGGUAGAACUAAGAGAGGCUGGGCUUGGGGGCUGCCCUCUCCUACCCGUCCUUCCAGCCAUGUUCCUGACUGGGCAGUGAUCUGUGAUGGGCUUGUCCAGCCAUAGCCAGCUGCCCACUUGCCAGGAGGCAGAGGCAAGGUUGGCAUCAGAAAGCAUCACAAAAAACUGGAGCAGCAGGAACCCUGGCCUGGCUUCCUGUCCCUCCGCAGGCACUUGCCUCUGCAGAGCCCAGGGUUAGUGUUCCCCACCCCCACCUCCUUUCCCACAAGCAUGUGGCUCUCUCCUGCUUUCCGAAAUGCCUGUGUCUGUGUCCCCUCCCCCAGCACCCCACGCUGUGCACACAGAUCCUCAGGAACAUAUGAAGCAGAGGAGGGGCUCGGCUGCUGCGCUUACAGAGCUCCCUCCCUGCACUUAGUGUGGGCCCAGCACUGACCUUUCCCCUCAGCCCAGGAUGUGGCCAGAUCCCCCUCUGGGGAUAGAGCCCUGUCUGCUCUUCCCUGCCUCAGUCUAGGCUGCCCACCCGGGGUUCUGUACCAGGGUCCGUGGCUCACCUGCCAACUUCUCCAUCACCCUCUUUCCUCCCUCCCCAAGGACCUCCCCCCAUUUCUUUCAGCCAAGCCAUUAAUCUGGAGACCGAGAUGGGUUUGCUAUCGAUUCUUUAGCCACUUCUUUUUUAUUACAUUUUGUACUGUGGUUCUUCUCACUCUUCUCUGCCUCUGUGUGUUUGUCUCUUUAAAUGUUGAAGCUACCAGAAGCCUGGUGCUAUUCUGUUCUCAUUUUGGAGGAAGAAAGGGGGGCCUAGCUGCGGGUGAUGACCUGAGUUGUUAGUUUAGAAAUAGAGCAAGUGUGUGUACAACCCUCACAGAGGUCAUGUUUGGCCUUUUUAUGCCAUUCCUAUUAAAUUUUCACAAUUAAUCUUGGUUCAGGAACUGUAAAUAAAUUUGUUAAUAACAAAUAUCAAA